CUAACGCAAAAAGGAAAGAGUAAACAACAUUAGUUUAAACUGAGUGAGAUUUAGAGUUAUUCAACUGUAUAAAGGUCUUUAUAUAAUUACUCAGUCCUCAUGGAUAAAUUAAAGAAAGUUUUAAGCGGUCAAGAUGGCAACGACGAUCUCAAUGUAUUACAGGGGGCCAGUGAUGCCAGUUCACUAACCUGGGGUACACGACUCAAGGCUUUCGUAGCCUGCUUUACUUUGGGGGUCCUUUGUUCCAUCCUGGGAACAUGUUUGCUAUGGGUUCCUAGAAUAGGACUGAUCCUGUUUGCGGUCUUCUACACCUUUGGCAAUAUUGCAUCACUUUUAAGUACCAUCUUCUUGAUGGGUCCAUUAAAGCAAAUUAAGAAGAUGUGUGACAAGACCAGAGCACUGGCAACAGCCGUCAUGAUAACAUGUCUUGUGUUGACACUCUGCGCUGCAUUUUGGUGGAAAAAUAAAGGCCUUGCUAUUCUGUUCUGCAUCCUCCAGUUUCUGUCUUUAACUUGGUACAGCUUAUCUUAUAUUCCAUUUGCAAGGGACGCUGUGAUUAAGGUGUUCACCGUGUGUUUGAAGUGAUGUGUAGUGCUGAACAGAACGAACCUCUCCCUCCACCGCUUUUUCUCUCUGUCUCUGUGCCUGCUCUGGCUUCAGCUCUACUGCCCCCUGAGUGCCUAUUGGUAAUGCUCACUCGAGUGUCCACUCUACCUUUUGGCAGAAACUUACACACCACAGGUGUGCUUUACUCUCCUAAUUCUGGUAGCCUUCCAGGAUUUUUUAGAUAUGUGUAUGAAUGCACACAUGAAUCAUACUUGCACAUGGGUAAUACUACAACAGUACAGUGAUACUGUAUAUGAAGGACUUAGUGUAGCUGCAAAAUCUGGGUAUGAAUGCUUCUCAUAAACCUUUGACACAGUUCCACUUGUCAUCAAACCAAAAUUUCAUCAACCUUCAAUAAACUACCUAUAAGGAUCUACUGUGAUUAGAUCAAGUGAUUUUGAAAUAGAUUAGAUUUUUUAUUACUUAGCUCAGAUAUAAUCAGUCAGUUAAGAUGUGUUUGCUGCAUGAUGUUGGCUUAUUUAGUUUUGCUCUGGAGCUAUGAGGCAAAAUAUUAAUGGAAAUUUAAUUACCAAAAUUUUAUAUUCUCUUACUUCAAAUGGCCUCAAGUGCAAACUCCAUUUCCAGAAAAUUUGGGAUGGUUUGUAAAGUGCAAUAAAAUAAAAGAAUCUGUGAUUUGUUUA